AACUGUGACAGAGCACAGGCAGCAGCACCAGGACACACGUUUAUAUACAUAUGUGUGUUUAUAUAUAUAUAUAUAUAUAUAUAUAUAUAUAUAUAUAUAUAUGUUUAUACAGCAGUGAACAGUUGAAGAGAAACUUUUUACAAAGAGGACAGAGAGCGAGUGUGGACUGAAGGUGACUUCAGGGAGAGUUGACGCUCUGCAGGCUAAACAACUUUUACAAGGAGGAUUUAGGCGAAGACGGACGGAGGCAGAAGAGACACAGAGUUGAGAAGGAAUAAGGACAUCAGCCAGAGGAAGAAGGAGAAAAAGAAAACUGCUCUCUUUCCAGAAAAACUACUCAGAGCUUCACAAUGAGGGACCAAUUGCAUCUUGGAGUGGUCGCCAGGACUUUGCUCCCACUGGUUCUGUGCACGUUGACCCUCCUGCCUCACAGCAUUCUGGGUAAUCCCAGCGAGCGGGACAACGUGGGCAGCACCGCUCUGCUCCAGAGGGUGAAACGAGGCUGGGUUUGGAACCAGUUCUUCGUCCUGGAGGAGUACACCGGACUGGAACCGCUGUAUAUCGGAAAGCUCCACUCAGACAUGGACAAAGGCGACGGCUCCAUUAAGUACAUCCUGAGUGGCGAGGGCGCCGGCACCACCUUCACCAUCGACGACAGCACAGGAGACAUUCACGCCAUCCAGCGGCUGGAUCGCGAGGUUAAAUCCCAGUACGCUCUUCGCGCUCAGGCCCGUAACCGUCUGACGGACAGACCUCUGGAGCCCGAGUCCGAAUUCAUCGUGAAGAUCCAGGACAUUAACGACAACGAGCCCAAGUUCCUUGAUGGACCCUAUGUGGCGAGCGUACCCGAAAUGUCCAACAUAGGAACAUCUGUGAUCCAGCUGACCGCUACAGAUGCAGACGAUCCCACGUACGGCAACAGCGCCCGUGUGGUCUACAGCAUCCUGGAGGGUCAGCCAUACUUUUCAGUGGAUGCCAAGACUGGUGUGGUCCGAGUCUCUUUGGCGGACAUGGACCGGGAGACCAGGGAGAACUACACGGUGGUGAUCCAGGCAAAGGACAUGGGCGGUCAGCUCGGAGGACUCGCCGGCACCACUACCGUCAACAUCACACUCAGCGACGUCAACGACAACCCGCCAAUGUUUGACCAGAGGCUGUACCAGAUGAGCAUCCCUGAGUCGGCUCCAGUGGGUUCAGUGGUGGGUCGUAUCUGGGCCAAGGACAGGGACAUCGGGGUAAGCGCUGAGAUGAAGUACAGCAUCAUUGACGGAGACGGAAGAGACACGUUUGACAUCAGCACCGAUCCCACUAACCUGUUUGGCAUCAUCACGGUGAAAAAGCCCCUGAACUUUGAGGUCAAGCCCAGCUACACUCUGAAGAUAGAGGGCGCCAACACGCACCUGGACCCGGCCUAUCGCCACCGCGGGCCCUUCAAGGACGUCACCAUCGUGCACGUGAGUGUGGAGGACGUGGACGAACCGCCACUCUUUGACCUGCACGCGUACUACGUCGAGCUCCCAGAGGACGCCGACAUCGGGACGCUGUUGAAGACGGUGUCAGCGAGGGAUCCUGACGCCGCCAACAACACUGUGAGAUAUUCUAUCGAGAGAUCCACCGACCCCGACAAGUAUUUCUACAUCGAGAUCACAUCCGGGUCACUGAUGACGGUGCGUUCACUGGACCGAGAGGAGGUCAGCUGGCACAACAUCACAGUCCUCGCCAUGGAGAUGAAUAACCCAACGCAGAUUGCAAGUGUGUCGGUGAAUGUGAAAAUCCUGGAUGUGAACGAUAAUCCCCCGUUGCUGACGCAUUAUUUGGAGGCGUACGUUUGUGAAAACGCCAAAGCUGGGCAGCUGAUUCAGACUGUCACGGCGGUGGAUCCAGACGAGCCGCUGAGUGGACAUCACUUUUACUACAGUUUGGCUCCAGAAGCUGCGAACAAUCCCAACUUCACCCUGAGAGACAACCAAGACAACACAGCGUGGAUCCUGACCCGCCGCUUCGGCUGGUCGCAGCAAGACCAGACCGUCUUCUACUUGCCCAUCUUUGUGUCCGACAGCGAGCAGCCGGUCCAGACCAGCACCAGCACGCUGACCAUACGAGUGUGCAGCUGCGACCAGGAGGGAAACGUGAUGUCGUGCAAUGCCGAGGCGUACAGUCUGCCCACCAGCCUCAGCAGAGGAGCGCUCAUCGCCAUCCUAGCCUGCAUCUUUGUCCUGCUGGUGAUGAUUCUGCUCAUGCUCUCCCUGCGGACUCAUCGUAAGAAGCCCUACCUGUGUGACGAAGAGGAGAACGUACACGAGAACAUUGUGCGCUACGACGAUGAGGGCGGCGGCGAGGAGGACACCGAGGCCUUCGACAUCGCUGCCAUGUGGAACCCGCGCGAGGCGCACCACCACCUGGGCAAGAUGAGGCAGGACAUGUUGCCGGAGAUCGAGAGCUUGUCGCGUUACGUCCCUCAAGCCUGCGUGAUGGGCGGCGGCGGCGGGGACAGUAACGUACACGGCUACGUACUGGCGAAGCUCCUGGAGGCCGACGUGGACCCUUGUGCUCCACCGUACGACUCCCUGCAGACCUACGCCUACGAGGGCGAGGGCUCCGUCGCGGAGUCGCUCAGCUCGCUCCAGUCGGGAAACUCAAACACCGAUCACGAAUACGACUACCUCAACGACUGGGGGCCGCGUUUCAAAAAACUUGCGGAAAUGUACGGCGUGCUCGAUACAAACACUCCCCCGAUGUGGUAGAACUGGAGAAUCUUUGCCUUUUCAUAUAUAUAUAUAUAU